UUUACUGAGAAAUGGUGGAUAUAUGUUGGCUAAUAUACGCGACGUUGGGCCAACCCGGGGGCCAACCUUGGCUUAACGUUGGUCUAUAUCGUCUCCAUCUUUACUGAUAAAUAGUGCAUAUAUAUAUUGGUUGGCUAUAUGACGUUGGGCCAACGUAGCAAAUACGACCUAGUACCGCUACAUCCGGGUAAAAAAAAUUGCAUGCGUGCGCAUGCCCAUGUGCUCAUGCAAUUGCAACGUACGUCAGCCAUAUCCUGUCCAUUUGUCUGGAUCAGUUGCCGGGGAGUACCAACACUGCAUGAUUCCUCUACCCGUUCAGAUCCAGCUACCCCUACCUCGAUCAUCCAGAACAGCAUCAACAGCACCAAGGACCCCUUCGACAUCGACCCCAUCAACCUCCAGAACACUGUCGACCCCAACGACCCCAUUGACCUCAACAUUCAGAAAUAUGGAUGUCGAAGCUGUACCACCACAAGCUAGACAAGAUUUUGAUUCCGACUAACCCAUUCUUUAAAGGUCCAUUGCCUUAGGAAAUUAAAACUUUUAUGUCUUGUAUCAAGACCCUUUUAAAGCAACAUAAUAACAAUUGUUUCAUAAAUAAAUGCCUCCUUAUAUUUUUUACAAUGUUUUGAAAACCUCUCCAAGUUGCUCGUCUAAUGGUGGACCCCGCCCCUUACAAUUCUCAGAGUUCCUCGGAAUGAUUGACCAAAGGAUUAGUGAUGUUAUAUCAAGAACGAUCUCCGCUUAGGCAAGCUACGGUGCUUGCUAGCCAGCUCUGCAGGCAUUAUGUUUUGUACACAAACAUAAACAAUAACUUUUGUUAUUAAAUAGUGUGCUAUGCAUCUUUACUUGUUAUUUAUUGUGGUGAAAUUUCACUAAUGG